AUGGCUGCGCGCGUUCCCCGACAAGACAGCGCCACCGGCUACACCGACACCGACAACGUUGACUUCACGUGCCGCAACACCGACAUCACGUUCGCGCUCUGUCUUGGCACCACCUCUAACAUCACCGCGACAACGGGCUACUUCCUAGCAGAGGACAACAUCGUCGAUGGACGUGUCGAAGGCGGAAACAACGGUAUGGUGGGUGUGUGA